AGCUUUCCUGCCUUAAAGCUCUGUGUGUGCCCGGUCUUAAAUACUUUUCGUCCAUCGUACCAUAAUAAACAUUUAUUUUUAAAAGUUUUUGUAUAUAUACUUGAAGUGUUGUCCUACUAGGAGAAAAAAUAUUUUUGGUGUCUCGUUGAUUUUUAUUUGAAUUCUUUUAGAUUCCUUUAUCUGUGAUAUAAUUUGACAAAAAUGUCCAGGAUAAUUUUGAAGCGGUUCCCACUUAACCCGUUCGUACAACCAAACCAAGUUGGAGUAAUAGGAUUACUGACUUUUAUGGGCAAUGGAAAGUUCGAAAAGCGAACAUACUCGAUAAACUGUAAGACCAGUAGCAAACAUCAAUUGAGAAUUUCCAAUCAGAUCCGACAAAUCAGUAGCGGCAUUAUAAAAUCUCCAAUAGGAAAUUGUGCCACUAUUCCCAAUGAACAUGCUGUGGAACACAUUUACAAAAAUAUGGACGAGUGGAUUGAAGAACCGGCAGCUACUUGUGCAGUAUCUGGCCGAUCCUACACCUACGGAAUGCUAAGGAUGCUGGUGAACAGGUGCGCCCAAGCGAUGCUGGGACAUUGCGGCAUGAAAACGGGCGAAGUUGUGGCCUUGCUAUUGCCAAACAUUCCCGAAUACAUUAUUGUGUGCCACGGAGCCAUGGAAGCUGGAUUAAUCGUGACUUUCGUCAAUCCCCUUUACACCCCGGACGAAAUCAAACGGCAAUUCGAAAACGCCGGCGUCAAAAUGAUCGUCACGAUUCCUUUGCUUUUGGAAAUGGUUACUACGAUUGGGCCUCAGCUUCCAGGAUACAAAACAACUAUUUGUAUUGGCGGAGAUGAUGAACCAGGAAGAAAUGUUCACGGGUUGAUGAGCUUAUUAUCAGCCGGAUAUGAAGCAGACUUACCUGAAAUUCAUCCUGACAAGCUUGCAUUGCUACCGUAUUCCAGUGGUACUACGGGAUUACCAAAAGGUGUAAUGCUGUCACACAGGAAUCUUGUUGCCAACAUGGUACAGGGUGACCAUCCUGCUCUUAUUGCCAAAACCACAGCUGAAACUGGACAAAAACACACAACCCUUACAGUCUUACCAUUCUUCCACAUCUACGGUUUCAACGGUAUCAUGAAUGUUUGCUUGAGAUUGGGCACCCAUUUGAUUACAAUUCCAAGAUUCACUCCAGAAGAUUACUUAAAAGCCUUACUAGAAUACAAACCAACUUACUUGUUCGUAGUACCAUCACUUCUAUUAUUUUUGGCAUCACAUCCGAGCGUCACAAAAGACCAUUUAAGUUCAAUUGAAGAAAUCACUUCAGGGGCUGCACCUUUAACUGAAGGACUUUUGCAAAAGUUCAGACAGAAAAUUGAUAAUCCCAAAGUUACAAUCAGACAAGGAUAUGGAAUGACCGAAACAAGUCCGGUAACAUUUAUAAUGCCCAAUUUGACGCCCCCAUCAAAAAUUGGCACAAUAGGAGUCCUAUUUCCAGGCACUGAAGCCAAAGUUCUGAGUCUAACAACCAGAGAGGAAUUGGGAACUCAUCAAACUGGUGAAUUAUUAGUCAGAGGACCACAGGUCAUGAUGGGUUAUUUGAAUAACGAGAAAGCGACAUCUGAGACUAUCGACGAAGAUGGCUGGUUGCAUACGGGAGAUGUUGUCUAUUAUGACGAAGAUCACUAUUUUUACGUUGUCGAUAGGUGCAAGGAGCUGAUUAAAGUCAAAGGAAAUCAGGUAUCACCGACCGAAUUAGAAAACUUGAUUUUAGAAAUCGAAGGCAUCGUUGACGCGGCCGUAGUCGGAGUACCGGACGAACUAGCCGGCGAAGUACCGAGGGCCUACGUAGUGACCAAACCCGGACAAAAUCUCAACGAGGAAGACAUUAAAAAAUUCGUCAGUUCCAAAGUGACGCAUUACAAAAAAUUGGCCGGAGGCGUCAAGUUUAUCCAGUCGAUUCCGAGGAAUCCUAGCGGCAAAAUUUUGAGGAACGAGUUGAAAAUUCAAAACCCUUAAAAGGCGAUCUGAUUCCAGCAAAAAAAAUUAGGACAUUUAGGCAAUACAUUUGCAUGAGACUGAUUUGUUUUUUGAAUGAGGAAAGUGUUUUUGAGUUUUUGAAUUAGGUUUUUCCUUUUGCUAAAAUUCGAAAAUCAAUUAUUACAGAGGAUCACGAGCAAUGCUCCAAAAUUUAUUUAUUAGUUGAAUAUGAUUGAAAGAAAAAAAAAACUAUAGAUAUGUUGUAAUUUUAUGUACCAAAUAUUCAUGUUAAAUGUAUUUUUCUGGUUAAGGAUCAAAAACUAUUAUUAUGUAACAAUAAACUGUAGUGUUUAGUUUGUAAAUAUCAUUAUAAGGUUUUACACAUUUAUUGACUUUUUUUAAAUAAAAAUAAAUUCAUCAAUGUGUUUGUUUUAAAUUUGAA